GAUGUUCAGGGAUGGCAGCCGGACUCUGUCAAACCUGGAAACAUGAAAAGAUCCAGUCUUUCAGAGAAGCAUGAUGGGAAACGGCUGCGACUAGACGGUGAUGAACCCGAAAACCAUGGCUGUCCUCUGAACACGGUGUCAUGGAUGCAGAGGACCCGUCGCCUCUGCGGCGCUUCGUCAUAGCCAAGCGAGCAAUCAGCUCCAUCUUUGACCAGCUGCUGGACUUUGUGAAGGAUGGCUCUGCCUUUGUGGAUGAGGUGUGGCGGAGCGACGACCUUGGCCAGGUGGCCGUGGAGGAGCAGAGUCUGGAGAUGCAGAGCUGUGCCACCAUACUGUCCACCAUCAGAGAUGUUCUGCUCAGGAGACACAUGAAGGUGGCCUUCUUUGGCAGGACCAGUAACGGGAAGAGCACGGUGAUCAACGCCAUGCUGAGAGACCGGGUUCUGCCCAGCGGCAUUGGCCACACCACCAACUGCUUCCUCAGCGUGGAGGGAACGGACGGAGACGAGGCGUACCUGACCACAGAGACAUCCAACGAGAGGCGGAGCGUCGGCACGGUAAACCAGCUGGCUCAUGCUCUCCAUAUGGAUCCAACGCUGGACUCUGGCAGUCUGGUCAAAGUAUUUUGGCCAAAGAGCCGCUGUGCUCUGCUGAGAGACGACCUGGUGCUCAUGGACAGUCCAGGGACGGACGUCACCCUGGAGUUGGACAUCUGGAUCGAUAAGUUCUGUUUGGAUGCAGACGUCUUUGUUCUGGUGGGAAACGCUGAGUCAACGUUGAUGAACACGGAAAAACUUUUCUUCCACAAAGUCAGUGAGAGAAUUUCCAAACCAAACAUCUUCAUUCUCCACAACCGCUGGGACGCCUCGGUGACGGAGCCAGACUACAUCGAGGAGGUACAUAAGCAGCACCUGGACCGCUGCGUGAGCUUCCUGGCGGAGGAGCUGAGGGUGGUCGGGCUGGAUGAGGCUGCAGGAAGGAUCUUCUUCAUCUCGGCCAAAGAGGUUCUGAGUUCCAGGAUGCAGCGAGCGCAGGGCAUGCCCGAGACAGGGGGAGCGCUAGCCGAGGGUUUCCACGAGAGGCUGAGGGAGUUCCAGAGAUUUGAGAGGACAUUUGAGGAGUUCAUCUCUCAGUCUGCAGUCCGGACCAAGUUCGAGCAGCACACAGUGAGAGCCUGGCAAAUUACUGAGGCCAUUAAAGCUGUGAUGGACGCCAUCAACAUCGCCUCAGCUGACAGGAAGAUCUGUUGCCUGGAGGAGCGUGAGGAGCUGCGGGACCGGCUGGACUUCGUCCGAGGACAGAUGAACCGCCUGACCGACAGUGUCAAGGAGAGGAUCAGGACUCUGACUGAUGAUGUUGCUGCCAAGGUGGCCUCGGCUCUUUCGGAUCAGAUCCGUUCCCUUCCUGUUCUGGUGGAGGAGUUCCGAGCCGAUUUCAACCCGACGCCAGAAACUCUGCAGCUCUACAAAACUAAGUUGCAGCAGCAUGUGGAGGAGAGGCUGGUCGGCUGUUUGGCUCACCGCUGCUCUGUCAGCAUCUUCAAAGACAUGAGAGAAGCCCAGAGACACAUGUUUGACAGCGUUCGUCCUCUGCUGUCUCUAUCCGUCCAGGAGACACUCUCAGCUCCGUCGUCCUCCUUCGACAUGACCUAUGACCUUGGCCUCACUGCCCUCUGCGCUGACUUCAAGGAAAAUAUUGACUUCCAGUUUUCUCUGGGCUGGACCGCCCUUGUUUCCCGCUUCAUCGGAGCUGCCAACGCCAGGCGGGCGCUGAGUGGCCCGGAGCACAGGUCGCAGGUGAGCUCACAUUUAGACCUCACAAUCCUGAACUUUCAGCCGCCUUCAGAGUAACUCAAGAGCCCUGACAACACCCCUCUCUCUCAGGAAGGCUCCUCCUUUAAGGAUGAGAUGGUAGUUUCCAUAGCAACGGGCCUGGUCUCUGUCACCUCCAGGGCAUCCAUGACGGUGCUGGUUAUUGGUGGAGUGGUAUAUCGUUCAGUGGGCUGGCGAAUCAUUGCGCUCUCCAUCUCCCUGUACGGUCUCCUCUACCUGUAUGAAAAACUCACCUGGACUGAUGCUAGCAGAGAGCGUGCUCUGAAGCAGCAGUUUGUACAGCACGCCACUCAUCGAUUAAAAACUGUCAUACCUGUCACCAGCUCCUCUUGCAGCCAACAGGUGUACAAGGAGUUGUCAUCAACGUUCAGCCGCCUGACUCAGAGAGUCGACCUGAGCGAUGCGGAGUUGGAAGGAAACAUCCGACAGCUAAGCUUCAGUAUCCAGAGGCUGGAGAACAUCCAGAGGAGAUCUAAGGCUUUCAGGAACCGAGCGACGGAGCUGGAGACUCACCUGGAGGCCUUUUCUGCUCAGUACCUGCAGGGAAACUGAAGAAGAAGAAUUGCUGCUGCAUUCAGGCAUGUUUGGGAGAUAUUCCAACUCUGUCCACAUGUUUGACUUCCUGUCAUCCUGUAGACGUCAGUGAGAUGUUUUCCAUGGUAACGGUUCAUGAUUGGUCUACUGCAGUGUUUCCAUGACAACAGAAGAUGGUGGAUCACACUGACCAGAAUCAGGUGAUCUCAGAUGAUAAGCUGAUCAGAACAAAGCAAAUAAGAGACUUCUUGUUUGAGAUGUUUCCUUGCUGAUUUGCGGUGAUAGGUUCACAGUUUGCUCCCAUGUUUGAACGUCUACCAUCAGUCCGUUGUUUGCCACCAAGAAGGUCAAACGUCUGCAGAGAGGCCAAACUGUGGAGUUUACAAACCCCAUUUACAGAAAAGUUGGCAACCUUUCUAAAUUAAAAAAAGAAACUAGAAUGAAACAGUUUAAAAUGUCCUGCCUUUUCUUCAUAUAGCAGUAGGCCUUCUUUUAAUGGAAAAGGACAUUUUGCAAGUAACAAUGUGAUUAAUUGCAAUUAAUCGCAACAUUUCAUGCAGGAGAAAACAUCGUGUCUGACCCGAUCAGGAUUUAACUAGUUUGUGAUUACUUCUUGUUUCCUUUAAUAAAAAGUCCUGUACACUUUAUGGGAUUUAAGA